AUGUCCGAAUCCAAUGGCGACACCCGGAACGGUGUCUUUCGUCGCGUUCAUGACGGCGUUCAUUCCGUCAACCCGUUCAAAACCCACUCCGACCCCACCGUCGAGCGCGUUGUUACCCUCAAAAUCCUUACCGCAAUCUCCUACAUCGUUGUCGUCGUCCAUGCGUUCUACUACACCUUCGCCAAGCCGCAUGAAGGCCAGGGACCAAGGCACACCAUAUGGGGACAGAACAGCGCGCACCACACUCCCUUCUCCAUGAACCCCAUCAUCACGUCCAUCUACUGGCUCGUUCUCUUCAUCCUACAGAUUGGCUACUCGUGGCACCUGUACUCGGCAGAACGCGAAACGGUGAAGGCCGCGACGAACGUUGGUGGCCACUUCAUUGUCCACAACCUGUUCCUGUUCGGCUUCAUCCAGCUCUGGGUGCGUUCGUUCUUCUGGCUCGGCGAGCUCCUACUGGUCAUCAAUUUCUUUAACCUCUCGGCCGCCUACUUCCGCCAUAGCACCACUCCGCGCGCCAUCCAUAUCGCAGUCGUGAGUGGACCGCUGGCAUGGAACUUUGUCGCGCUCUACUGGUGCGGCGCCGCAGCCGUACACGCACACAAUCUUCCGGCUAGGAUCGUCGCGAACAUCUUCAUCUGGGGCAUUCUGGUCUACGGUGGCUUCUUCUUGGUGGUGUACAAGGAUUACACCAUGGGUUUCGAGCUGUCGGUGCUCGCAGCUGCUAUCGGUGUUUCGCAGUUCUUUACCAAGAUCAUCGCCUUUCAGUGGAUCUUCGCCUUCGUGAUCAUGGCCGUCCUUUUCGUUCUUUCACUGGCUGUCGGUGUUCCCGGCUUCCUCGGCCAAGACCCGUUCAAACGUGGAGAAAUUGUCAGCGAGGACCGGGAAAGGGCGCCGCUGCUGGCGGACGACUAG